GAAGGGGAAGGAAAGGAUGUGGAGGAUGUGAAGAGUUUCCUCUGCCAAUUAACCCAAGCCUGUCGUUGCCUCUGUGUAUUCUGGAUAAUUAAUGGCCCUUUCACCAUCAGAAUGUGGGGUUGGGGUAAAUGACAGAUGCCAGCUGGCAAUGCAGCUCUGGGCGCACUGCAUUAACACGACUGCCUUCACCGGCCGGUUUCGCUCUGCCGGGGGGGGCACACGCAAGGGAUGGGCUCCCAUCGCACCGACCCACAGCCACGAGAGCACGGGGACAGGAGGAGAUGCGGCCCGGUGCAGCCUGGCUGCGGUGCUCUGGUCCCAUUAGUGCUGUCAUUAAAAUCCAGUCAGUUUCCUUUGGAGAGCAAAGGCAGUCGGGGCAGCCGUGCCGAGGGUCGCAGCCGGACCGCGUCCCCCCAGAGCGCUGCUGCCAGCCCUCCCCUCCCGUUGUGUACUGGGGCUAAUUGGUGCAGGGUGCCCAUCUUUGCACCUUGUUAGCACGGCAAUUAGCUCUCUUUACCCUCCUGAUCGCCCAUGUGCAUAUUUGACUCCAAUCCAUCUUUCCAGCGAGUUAUAAAUGCGGCGCUGGGUUUGCAGAGGGGAGUAAAGCCGGGGCCGGGACAGCAGAGCCAUGCUGGGCGCCGUGCUGCUGCUGCUGGCCUUGGCACGGCCGGCGUCCACGGAAAGCCGCAGGGCUGAGGCUCUCAAAAAGCUGCUGGAAGUUUUUGGCAUGGAGGACCCCCCGCCGCCCCCGGCCCACGUCAAACAGCCGCCGCAGUUCAUGGUGGAUCUGUUCAACGCGGUGGCCAACGCCGACGGCGUCACCAAAAACCCCGACGUCCUGGAGGGCAACACGGUGCGCAGCUUCCUGGAUAGAAGUAAGGGGUCCCUGCGGAGCUGGGGUUGUGUGUGUGGGGGGGGAGUUGUGGGAUGGGGCUGUUUGGUUUCACUUCCCGAUCUGUCCCUCCCCGCAGCUCCAGGUGAGAAGAUGCGGUUCCUCUUUGUCCUCUCCAGCGUGGCCAAGAAUGAGAAGAUCCUGACGGCGGAGCUGCACCUCUUCCGUCUGUGGCCGAGAGCCGCAGAGGGGCCCAGGAGGCAUCACUUCUGCCAGGUCAGCGUGUACCAAAUUCUGGACAAGACGGAGCCGGACUCCCCCCAAGGACAGAAGCUGCUGGCAAGCAGGCUGCUCUCACUGCAGGGCUCGGGCUGGGAGGUCUUUGCCAUCACGCAGGCU